CUCCUCGGAAUCGUCCGGUUGUUAGUGCGUUCAUAUUUCUGGCAAUUACUUUUCGAACAAUGUGUGGCAAAUUGCUUAUUACGGCACGUGGCGUCACCUGGUUUCUGACCACUGUCUUAGCCUGCAUGACCCUGCUGGCUGCGAUCGUGCUACCGACAUGGCUCAUCGGACCGGAACUAAUCCCGAUCGAGAACGGCGACGGCAACUUCACCAUCUACCGGCAACCAUCGGUGGGAAUCUACAACAGAUGCAAGCGGAUGGGCGGCGGCGAGUACAACUGCGGCAACUUUGAUCUGUACGGGUUGGCCACGGAUCCGAGCAUUUUUCCCGUGCCCUGGAAAUUCACCAUGACGCUGAUGUGCGUGGGAACGAUCCUGCUCGCCAUGACGCUCGUUUGCACGCUCACGACUUGCUUCCGGGUCCACACGUUCUGUGGCCGCAGUGUGUACAAGCUUAUCGGCAUCUUUCAAGGUGUGGCUGCCAUGAUGGUGCUGUGCGGAUUUAUCAUCUAUCCGCUGGGGUGGUCCGAACCGCGCGUGAAAUCCCUCUGCGGCCUGGACGCCGAGGCGUACUAUCCGUCAGACUGCAAUCUCGGAGAGGCUUUGUACCUUGGAGCCACCGGCGUUAUGCUCGCUUUCUUCAGUGCCAUUGGGAGCGCCAGAGCAGAAUCGGCGUACUACAGUGUCAAGGCCCAGCAGCGCAUGGAAGAGGGACAGGUGCUCGUGUGUGUGCCUUAACCUGGCCAGCGGAAGACGACCAUACUCAGCAUGAGAAUCUCAACAAGGAGUUGAACUUUAUUUAGAUCUUUCACUACAUCUCAUUUGUGGCAACUGUACUAAUUAGCUGUUAAGCAAAUAUGGAUCUGGUCUUACGUGGCGCGGUUUUGGGUAAGGUUGAAAUUGGAUCCCCAGCGAAGAAUUCUUUCCAGUGCCAGUAAGCAAUUACUAAACAUUCGCAUUUACUCGUGUAGCAUUAAAUGACACCGGGAAGUGGCCAAUUUUUCGCCACUUCCCGCCCUUUCUUUCGAAUAAACUGAACUUUUUCAUG